ACUCGGCCGUCCCCCCCGUCAACACUCUUCGCACUCGUGACCACCCCGCGAGACGGGCCACGAUGCUCAAGAUAACCAUCUUCUUGUUUGGCCUGGCAUUUUCUCACGCCGUUCACUCUGACGUGUUUCAGUUCUCUGAGACGCAGCAGCGCCAAUCUAGGCAAAGGACUCCCACCGACGACCACAGACCGGGAACUCCCUACCGUUUCGUGUACGGCAGCUCCAGCAAGGACGGCACGCACGGCCGCGAGGAGAUGAGCGACGAAGACGGCACGGUGCGGGGAAGCUACCGGAUAUCCUUGGCGGAUGGCCGGAUGCGAGUAGUCAAGUACAUCGCCGACAAAAACGGUUUCAGGGCGGGCAUUGCCACCAACGAGCAAGGCACCGAGUCGGCCAGUUCAUCGGGAGUCGUCAUCCACUCGGAAGCUCUGCCCGGAGCCGACGCGGCCAGAGCGGCCGAGAAGAGCAGACUCGCUUCCAUGGCAGCCUCGAACAGAAAGCAAAGCGUCUUCUUUGAGAACUAGGACUGCAGAAUUGAUCGAAAGCGUGUCGAGAAAAAAAAAUGAGUGUGACUUUCAAAGGACGCUUUCGGGAGGAUCUUCGCGCACCGCAAAAUUGAGUCCUAAAGUGGCCCGAACUGCAAAUGCUCAUUCACAGAGUUGCGUCCACUGCGUUGUGUCGUGCAACACAGCGUCUUCCCAUUAGCUUGUCGUAAGGGUCGCCGUAGCAACAGCUCGACGCAACCAGUCUUACACGUGUUAAAGCAGUCAAACGCAACUGUGAAGACUUCUGUGAAUACAUCUGUGAAGACUCCCGAUUGCCGACAGCGCCAAGAGCUUGACUUCUGGAGUUCAGGAUCUCUCCACAUCCCAAAAAAGCGAAGCGGGUUUUCGGUGCGAGGAGAGUGCAUCAUCGGUUUUCAGCGGAACUGUAACAGUGAUCCACGCGCUCUGUAUACGGGAAAAGAGAGUGUACUGAAGCAAAGAGAGUCUAAGGCCUAAAAAUGGGUGUCUCUAUUCUACAUGCAAAGAAGGCUAGGGUGUUGUUCCAAUACAGACUUGCAAAUAUUAAAAAAAAGAGAGAAAGCUUCUUUAAAAGAUGAGUUGUUAAACUUUAACAAAGAUUCAAGUUGCGCGUUAUACCAUUAAAAGUGUGACUCGGUGUGCUUCCGGAAGGUUAUGUUCUGUUUUUAUUGCGUACUGCGGGAACGCUAGGGGAUGCAUUGAGAAGACAAAUGAGCAUUUAUAUGAGCCUGGGCUGUUCGCUACCUGUUUCCUGACCACAAUGUAAAUACUAAAAGGUUGCUUCGAACGUUUCUUUGGGCAAUGUCAUUUCUGCUCGUUUGUUUGCCGCCAGGGGUUUUGGCUGUCUCACGUGUUGCAAUUAUGUGUUACCACAUAUGUCAUGGUUAUGGUGUAUUAUAUUUGCAAAAGGUUACAUUCUUCAUGUGGGCUUUUCUUGGAUGCGGUGAUUCCCUCUCUUGCCCAAUGUGCCGAGCGUUCGUGCAAGGGGAUAUGCUCUCUAAGGAAUGCAAGCGGAAAGUUAUAAUUGCGUUUUCUUGUGGUCAUUGGCAAGACCUUAAGUUUAGUAAGGUAUGUGACGGGGAUAACGGCAAUAUUGGCAAAGUUGUUGACGUUUAAUAGUUAACCUUCGUGGGUCACGGCUGUGCAUAAAAACCUUUCCUCAUCGGGCAAUCCUUUCGCAUUACCAGUGUUUUAUUUCUGUUACACUUAAAGGGUUAUACGUACGUUUAUAUCAAGUAGUAAAUAUUUAAGGUAAUCCUUCUGAUUUAUGUUUACGAGGUCAUAUUUAAAUCGACGUCACUACAUCCUAAUAAGGGGCGCUCUAAGGCACCGACUAAGCAUAUUAUGUAAUUAUGAGUUUAUGCGAGUGUGCGGGUACCUAAUAUGUAAAUGAACUCUUUCGCCUGGGUCAUCGGGUUGUUAAUAUAAAAAAAGAUGGCUAGACUAAUUUAGCCGCGGUAUUUAAUAGCUCUGUGUCUUUUAUUCUUAAUGUAUAUAACAUUUCGUGUAUCCUUAAGCCCUUGGCGUUGCUGGGUGCCCUUAAUACAUUCAGAUAAUUGCCCGAUUUGUUUACAAAUCGUCACCAUUGAAUGGCGAAUAAAUACGUUAGCACUAUGUGUCA